CGAUCGCAGUCAAUGAGAAUUAAGCGAGAGGCAUCACACCCUCCCUGUCUCUCUCUCUCUCUCUCUCUCUCUCUCUCCCAAAAGGUAAGAAGUGAAUGGUAGGCAGAGAAAGAGGUAUGUGAGAUUGAGUCAUAAAGUCACUUCAAACCUUCCCAUGGAUAUCUAACCCCCUCUCUUUCUCCUUACUAAAUGAAUCCAAUUGAUUCAUUCCUUUCAAACGGCUGGCAGAGCAGCAUUAAAGAUCGAACAAUAUCUUUUCUCCCCAAUGAGGUCUGAUCAUUCUGGAACUGCCGCAUCUCUCUACGUCUAUAUAAUAGCUAUCGACUCUCUGUGUCUGUCCCCGAGAAAGAGAAGCGGAGAAGAGAGAGAGAGUGGGGAUGGGAAAGAAAGGCCUUCCCAAGUCUCUCCGAACGUAUCUCUCCAAACUCAAGAAGGUACCAGCUCAUCUGCACAUACCCAAUUCCCCACACCCUGCCACCGCCACCAGUUGGUUGUUGUCGGCGUGCAAGUAUCCCAAGACCCCUUCCUUCGCGGCCGAUCGAGACCACCCCGACGACGACGGCGGCCAUGGGCAUGAGCAUCGCCAUGACCACGGCCUCGACCUCGCCGCCACCCUCUCCGACGUCGACCGCUUCCUCCACGAGAACCUCAACUCCAUCUACCCGCGGAAGGACGACGGCGACGAGUUCUCCUCCUCCGAGUCCCCGGCCAGAUACGAUGAGGACCCGCCGCCCACCGCGUUCCGCUCGUCCGAGCCCUUCUUCGUUUCCUCCGGCACGUCCAACUCACUCCUCGACGAGGCCCGGGCGAGCGCCACUUCGUCCUCGUUCUCCUCGUCGACAUCGGUGUCGUGCUCCUUCCAGGAGUCGUCCGACGCAGGGGCGGAGGUCCCGGGAGGCGGCGUGGCGGUGAUGACGUUCUCCAAGGACCCCUACGACGACUUCCGCCGGUCCAUGCAGGACAUGGUGGAGGCGCGGCACGUGGACCCUAACCAGCCUUUGGACUGGGACUUCAUGGAGGAGCUCCUCUUCUGCUACCUGGAUCUCAACGAUCAUACCGUCCAUAAGUACAUCUUGAGGGCCUUCACCGAACUGACCGUCAGCUUCCGCCGCCGUGUUAUGGUCCAGAGGCGUAGAGCACCGUCGGGUGACAACGUGACGAGUAGGAGGAUGAUGAUGAGCAGGAGACCAGCCGAUGCGGCCGGAGACGGGUGUCUGGUGGUGCCGCGUCAUUUUCCGGCAACCCGCUGACGUGGACUGAAACUAAUCACAAAGAGAGAGAGAGAGAGAGAGAGAGAGAGAGGCUUACGGGGAUUGUAGAUAGAAUAUAUUGUCUUAGAUUAUAUAUAUAUAUAUAUAUAUAUAAAAUUGAUGAACUCUUUUCCAUGCAUAUUUUAUGUUAAUUUAUUUUGACUAGUAAUUUUCUUUUAAUUUAUUUUACGACGUAAAGACGCCUCACUUGAAAUCGAUUGCAUGUUAUGUAAUGAGAAUGAAUAAUGUAAUAAUAUAUAAUUAGAUUUAUUUUUAAAAUAAAUAUGUGGUGGCAUAAUUAAUUUAUGAGGACGAAAUGGCUCUCUGUAGCACUUCUUCUUCGACUGUUGAUGGGCGAUCUUACGAGAGGGCUUUGCUAUCGAAGGAAAAAGAUUAAUAGGCCAUGUAAUCUGGAGUUAACUACACAAGAAAACUUGCAGCAAUCUGGAGUCCAUUGAGUUCUAUUUUUGCAAUCAACUUUGAGGUGACUGUGAUCCUUCGGCUGUUCCAAUUCGUCAAUUCUAAACCGGGGAUUUCUUGGGUGAUUCGGUCCAGGCAGGGUGGUGGUCUUUUAGAGAUUCGGUGCUGCUAAUCGCGGUGGUCUGCUCUCUGGCUAAGGUUUGGUGGAUGGAUCCCUACGACGGGCAGAGAAGAGAAGUAGGCCGCUAUGCUCUAUGGGGCGGUGGUGUGGGAUCCGUUGCUUAUCGUUUCCCACAGUGUCCGCCCGCGCUGCUUCUAAUGCUCGACUCUUGGACUGCUCAUGACCAUUAUGGUCGGCACACGGGAUGAGCUUCAGCCACUUUAAUUUCUCCACCUUCGCUGCCGCUACCAUCAACGGUUGGUGCGCAAUUGCUCCCGUCUUCUCGGUUGUCUUCCCUGGUAAUUCUUCACCUAGUCAUUUCGCUUCUUUACUCGUUUGUAUAUGUAGAUGAUCCAAGAAUUUGUCUACUUUUCUGGUGGCACAAACUUGCACGAUUGUGCUUAUGAUUAUAAUGGUUCUGAUUUCCAUUAAGUGAACCAUUUCUUGAUUCUCCAGCCUUGGCCAACUAUCCGGUACUUGAAUGGUGAGUUCUUGAGCUUGAAUCCAGGUUGAGACAAAUACUCAGCUAGCUGAGGCAUGCUGACACUCGCUGUUGAAAUUAACAUUUUCGUCAAAUGACACCAAAGUUACUACCACAUGGGUUUUUAGUUUUUCUCAAUGUCAAGUCCUCCAAGUUUGUUGCUUAGUCCUUGAAAUGCUGAAAAGUAGAAGAUCUUGAGAGACUCUUAUUGAAUUAGAUGGUGGAGAUUGAGAUGAUAAUGUGGAGAAGUGCAUUUGGUGUGUGAAUGCUGAGUAGCUGUCAAAUAGAAUAUAAACUGUUUGGAAUGGCUUAAAGGUGAUAAUAGCUUAAGGAUCAUCAUGUUGGGGAUUAAGGGAACAGUUUGUAUUGAAAAAUUAAAUGUUAUUGAGGCGCAGAUGUUGAGAUGUGUUUUUGGUGUUGAACCAAAGAUGGAUUUAGAAAGAUUGUGGUCAUAGUACAUCAAAGGUAUCAUCAAUUUGAAAUGUUAUUUGUGUAUGCCGAUUGCUCAUGGUGGAAGAGGGACAUACAAUCCAAAAGCACAUGGUAAAAAACACUGGAACAAGGACAUGAGCCCUUGAAUUCGUCUGUGAUGUUAUCUUCAAUAGUAAAUGAUUGGACUUAUCAUAUAUUCCAAAUCUAAUUAAUUUGGAAUGAGGCCUUGUUUUUCUUUUGUUUUGCAAGGGUAAAUCUCCAAAUUCAACAUGAUACUUAUUUGGUAUCUCUUUCUCUUGUUCUUGAACAAAAGUCGCCUAUGUCGUACCAAUGUUGUUAUCUUCUAGAUUUGAAUCUUAAUGCAGAUCAACUUGAGUAAUGUUAAGCAAACUUCUUGAUAUUAUUUUCUAAUGUGCUGGGGAUUACUUUUGCAAAGUUGGAGCAUGGACUAAAUAUCUUGAUAUUGUUGUUCUUAUGAUGGACCAUUUUUUGUAGAUAUUAAGUUCCAGAAUAUUGCAUAUACUAAUGAUGUUUUUUUUGUCACACAUGGCUGCACUCGAACUCUAAUUUGCAAAAUCUAUCUGAAAACUUAGCCCUGUCCUUUGGUAGGGUAAAACCCAUCUGUUUGAAAUAUUUAUGCAAUCAUCGAUCAAGAUAGAUUUGACUUUUCUUUUUGGGGAAGGAACACAUUGAUGGUUCAACUUAUUCAUCCUCAUGUACAUUUGCAUUUCUAAUAUGCAUUUGGAGAAAGAGAUUUAAGUGAAUGUGCAGUCGUGGAGUACCCUUAAGUGUUUGGUAAUUGAUAGAUAAAAAUUGCAUUUUUAAUAUGCAUUGACACAACUGUUGUUUGGUAAAAUUAUAUUUCAAAAGUCCAUUGAAUAUUACGUGACAAAUUUACCAUCCUGACUUUUUCUUAUAUUUAUUCAAAAGUGAAUACAUAUUUUUCAUUUAAAUCAAUAAGUAAAUACAUAAAAUAAAGUAAUCUUAUGAAAAAUUACAUAUGGCCUUUGAAAUAAAUAAAUAAUAAAUAAAAAUAUAAUCAUAUAAAUAAAUGUAAAAUAACCUUUGAAAAUAAAUAAAUAUUUUUUUAUAUUAUAAAAGACAUGGAUUAUGUUGGUUUCUCACCAAGUCAUGUUGGCAAUCUUGUGAUUUUAAAUAAUGUCAUUAGGAUAAUUAAAAAUUUUAAAAAUUACAUUAGCAUCCUGCAAAUGCUAAAAUGGUAAUGCUACCUUGAGGUAACAACAACAUUCGAGUACAUGUAAUGCAGCAUCCAAACCAAAUAUGAUUUGAAAAAUAUUUGCCAAACACCACUCUAUAUUUAAAAUGUGCAUUGGACUAUCAAUGCACAUUUCAAAUGUGUUGCUAAACGUACCUUUAAUCAUACCCCUUAAUGAUUUACUUCAGUGAAUUGUUCUCCAAUCUCUGCUUCAUGUGGAUGCUCUGUUAUCCUUUCCAUUAAGUCACCAAUGUUGUAUGAAACUAGCCUCAUCCACGUCUCUUUUAUGUUUCUGUCCUCUUGAUUUCUUUCACAUUACUGGUGAACUGUAAGUAGCAACCCUUCCGCCAGCUGUUAAGACGAUAUGUAUGGUCAGUAGAGGAUUGUGCUGCUGCUUCUCUGACAUAGGCAUGCUGAUAGCAACAAUGAUGAAAUGGAAAGUAAUCUUUGUUACUCUAGGCAGUGGAGUUGUCCAGCUACACACAAUGCCAGGCUGGUCUUUCCUAUUCAGCUGUCUCAGAGACAAACAGAAGUAGUUAUUCCAUUGGAUGACAUUGCUGCUUUAUCACUAGCGACUAACGGAUUGCCAAAGUGCAUCAUCACUUCUCAGUUCAAUGCCAAACGCAAAAUAUAUAAAGGGUUUUCCCAUUUAGGGAACUUUAUAUCUUGCAAAAGAGAGUAUCUGUUCUGAUUUUCUUAUCAGGAUAACAAGUUUCAGAUAGAGUUGGUGAUUCAGAAUUUAAAUUCAAGUGUUAUCAUAUUUUACAUGUUGAUUCUAUCAGUAACCAGUUAUGUGGAUUCAUAGACUCUUACAGGGAAACAUGUACAUGAAGGACACUCUUUGGAAAUUGUUGGAGGUUUGAGAUUCACUUAAAUGUUUUUGUGAUUAAGUUUAUCAUGUGUUACAUUGUAGUUUCCUUUAAUCUUCUUAAGGAAUGUUGAUGUAGCUGCAGAAGAACCAAAUAUCCUUAGAGCUACAAUGAUAAAGAUUUGACUGCUUCAACCUGCAUAUCUAUACGUGUACUAAUUUCGUGGAAUGCUGUCAUCAUUGGCAGAUCCAAGUGCUUUAUGCAGUUUACAUGUUCUAUGUAAAUCCAAAGGGCCAGAAAGUGCUUGGACUUUGCAGUAAUCAUCUACAUCAUCUAUCUUUUUAUAUGCAUCAUAUAUGGGAGUUGGCCAUCCUCGCUUGGUGUGUGAUUGUGUAUAUUUGUUUGUAAUUGUCAGAAAUACCUAUUUACAUGGCUUCACCCAAGUAAGCAAGUUUGUGUUGAAUUGCU